AUGAAUUCAUCAAACAAGUCCUCAAACAAAAUCACAGAAAUAGUUAGGCUCCAACAAAUCCUCAAGAAAUGGAAGAAGCUGGCAAUCAAAGGUCAUGCAAAGAAUACAACAACCAGAAGAAGCAUUCUUGGAAGCAGCAGCAGCAGCACUGUGGCAGCUGGUAGCCCACCAUCGGCUACACCAGCACCAUCAUCAUCUUCAAACAUUAGUAAGACUAGCAAGUUCUUGAAGAAAACACUGUCAUUCUCAGAAACUUCAUCAUCAUCAACAUCCUCAGAUAAUGUGAGGAUGGUGGUCCCAAAAGGGUAUCUAGCGGUGUGCGUAGGGAAAGAAGAGCUCAAGAGAUUUGUGAUCCCAAUGGAGUAUUUGGGUCACCAGGCAUUCGCACUUCUUCUCAGGGAAGCCGAGGAAGAGUUCGGUUUCCAACAGGAAGGGGUUCUCCAGCUUCCCUGCGAAGUCCCUGUGUUUGAGAACAUACUCAAGAUGAUGGAUUCCUCACCACCAUCAUCCUCAUCAUCGUCAGGACGCAAGCACAAGAACGCCAACGAUCCAUUUGGAUUCCGCUUCCACGAUUACACAGCAACAACAGCAGCUGCGGCCGGUGGAUCAUAUUGUUGCUCGACACCACCACCAUUACCGCCACAGCUGCCCCUACCAGAAUGUAAACAACCACCACCUCAGAUGUGCAGAUAG